AUGAAGUUCCUAAUUGUUGUUGCCGCCCUUCUGGGUGUCGCGGCGGCUGCCCCGUCGAUUUCCAUCCGAGACGGCGGCUCCAAUGUCACCAUUGUUCAUCCCGGCACUGUUCAAGAUAUGAAGGUGACCAAGGAAAACACCCUCAACGGCACAUAUCACGGGGCUCAGACACAGAUUGUCGCGCCGGCCGACAUCUCUGAACGUUCGGGAAGCUCAAUCCCCCUUGAAUUUGUCAACAACUUUCUCGGGAAAGCCGUCAACGCAUACCUCGUCGGCCUCGACCCCGCAGAAGCGCGUCGUCUUCGUCCGCCAAGACGGCACCCUUGUCUACCCCAGCUCCGGCGGCUCCGGCGUGCCCGUGGCCGUCACGGAGUCGAUCAAUAUCCCCCUCCCCGGCAAGGGCCGGACGCUGUCCAUGACGCUGCCCAUCGCGCUCGAGUCCGGCCGUCCGCGUGCUCUCCCCGAAUGACUACGCGGUCGUCGACCCGCAGGGCUUUGCAACAUACUGGGACGACCACGUCGACCGCGUCUGGGCGCGCGGGCCGUUUGCGAACCGCAGCAACGGCGUGCACCCUCGCGGCGGUCGCGCGCAUCUGUGCCGCCCUCAUCCGCUCGACGCUGCUGCUCCCCGACGGCGACGUGCAGCCCGGCCCGGCGGCCGGCGAGUACUACAAGACGGACCCGACGGAUCAUUACAGCCGGCUGGUGCACGAGCGCGAGAUGGACGGCCGCGGAUACGCGUUCCCGUACGACGACGUCAAUCCGGGCAACGAGAACGCGUCGGGCACCGUCUCGUCGGGAAGUCCCAAAACGCUGACGGUCUACGUCGGAGGCUACUCUGCAUCAAGCUCCGGCGACGACGGCAUGUAA